AUGUCGAAGUUUGGCUGCCUUGUCAUGGGUCCUGCCGGGGCAGGCAAGACGACCUUCUGUACUGCUCUGAUACAACAUCUCCAAAACAGCCGCCGCUCAUGUUUCUACGUCAACCUCGACCCCGCCGCCAACGACUUCGCCUUCGAGCCCGACCUCGACAUCCGCGACCUGAUCUCGCUGGAAGAUGUAAUGGAGGAAAUGUCCUUGGGUCCCAACGGAGGCUUGAUCUUCUGCUUCGAAUUCCUCCUCCAAAAUCUCGACUUCCUUGCCUCUGCUCUCGAUCCCGUCUCGGAAGAAUACCUCAUUCUCUUCGACCUCCCCGGCCAGAUCGAACUCUACACGCACAUCCCCUUGCUACCGGAACUGGUCAAAUACUUGUCAAGAAUGGGUCCAUUGAACAUCAAUCUAUGUGCCGCAUAUUUAUUAGAAGCGACUUUUGUGGUAGACAAGGCCAAAUUUUUCGCCGGCACCCUCUCCGCAAUGAGCGCAAUGAUCAUGCUGGAACUUCCUCAUGUCAACAUCCUGUCCAAGAUGGACCUGGUGAAAGAACAGGUGCCCAAGAAAGAGAUGAAGCGAUUUACAGACCCCGAUGCGAAUUUGCUGGACUAUGAAGAUACAGGUCGGGGGACCGCCGAACACACUGUUGAUGUCCGCAACCCACAUGAGAUCGAUCAAGUCAUGACCGGAGGUUCCUUCAAGCAAUUAAACCGGGCCGUCGCGAGGUUGAUAGAUGACUUCUCAAUGGUCUCUUUCUUGCAGCUCGACGUAAACGACGAAGACAGCGUCGGUGACAUUCUCAGUUACAUUGACGACGCCAUUCAAUACCACGAGGCACAAGAGCCCAGAGAUCCCAAGGAGGCCGAGAUGCAAGAGCCGGCUUGGGAGGAAGAAUGA